AUGUUUCUGCACGAGGUGCCCGCUGAACUGCAGGCCGAGAAGGAGAACUUCUUCGAGCGGCAAGCGACCAAUCUCUCGGCCAGCACCGACCACGAAAAGGAGCUUCGGCCUCCGGGAUGGUUAAGCCUCUGGAGUUUGGACCGGGUGGCCAAUUUCCGGGACGCCGCCGGCCCUGACCCGCUAUCGCCCUAUCGUUGCAAGGGAGGCUGCAUCAAGCAAGGCCUCCUGUACCGUACAGGCCAUUGGGUGACGGCCACGGCCGGCGAUUUGACCGUGCUGCGGGAUCACUUGCAGAUUAAGACCUACCUGGACCUCCGAACCGGACAGGACUUCGAGAGCGUGGAUGCGGAGUGCUUCGAUGACUUUCCACCUUCACCCGCGGGGCGGCACAAUGCCAACUGGCCUCGAGAUCCUGGCGAGCGGCGCCGGGUGAGCUGCCCUUUUUCCAAGGGCCUACAGCCACGUCCCUUGCAAGAGCUGGCUCAGGAAGGCGAGCGCGAUCCGGACGACAAGAAGGCACAAUGUGCCUUGUGGUUUCAAGAACAGAUGAGAAGUGAAAGCUUCCACGACCUGAAGGUGCAGCUGAAGACCAGCAUGCGCGCCAUGCUGAUCCUGAACUCCGAUGAGAUUCUGAAGGCCCUGCAGGUAUUGACGGAUGAGCGCAACUACCCCGUGGCCUUUGGAUGCAUCGCGGGCAAAGACCGGACAGGUCUGCUGGCAUGUCUGGUGCAGAGCGCUCUGGGUGUGGACGACGAGGACAUCAUUGCAGACUAUCUCUUUACCAACGAGGCGGCACAGCACAUCAAUGCUUGCAACCAGAUUGCUGUGGCCAUGUGGUUCGAGGAGCUGCGCAUCCGCGAUGUGCGGAGAUAUAACCUCAUGGUACGGAGGAAUCGACUGCCCGCCAAUGCGCAGCAACUGCUGGACAGCGAUGCCGAGACCCCCUUGUGGGAGGAUGUGAAUGUGGUCUCCGAUCCGGACGCCAUCAAACGCUCCAUGGUUCACAGAGACAUCCUGGAGUAUGUGAUGAAGGAAGUCUUAGAGAAGGAGUUUGGCGGCACCUGCAGCUAUCUGGAGUCCAUCGGAUUUGGUCCGGAAGAGCUCUUUAAGCUACGCGCACUGCUGGUGGAGCCAGAUCAGGUGAUCAGAGAUCAUGCCCGGGCACGCUGCAAAAUGGCAGCGGAGAUCCUCGAGAUUGAGCUGAGUCCCGACAUGGUUCUCGAUGACGGUGCCAUGGCCGGAGCGUCGCUCGGGUUGCCUGUCUACCCUGCGUGGGAGGGGAAAGGCAAUGACUUGUACUCCGCUGAGGGCGAGGAUGAUUUAGAAUGGCGCAUUCGGCGGCUGGAGGCACGGGGCUUGGUGCGAUUGGUUGAGUUGUCGAUAACCGACAUCAUCCCCCAAGCCGACGUCCGCAACGCGGAGCGAAGACGCGGGGGAAGCGCUGGUGUCAUGUUUCGCGGUGCCUGGGGCGCUGGAAGUCAGCAGAGGACCAAUCCCGUGCCUUGUGUCACAGACUUUCCUGUGCCUGAUGAGCAGAACAGUGGGCAGCGUCCGCGCGGUUUCGACGAGCUCCGCGGUGUCGAGCUCGAACGAGCUCAUUGGGAGAAGUCAACUGCUCAGGAGGGGCGUAGAGGUGGCAGCGUGCUCUACUGGAUGUCCCGCGAUCAACGCGCCCACGACAACUGGGCGCUGCUGAAAGCACAGGAGCUGGCCCUGGAACGACGCGCGUCCUUGCAGGUGUGCUUCUGCUUGGUGCCCAAGUUCUUGGGAGCCACCUUGAGGCACUUCGACUUCAUGCUCCGUGGACUGGAGGAGACCUCCAAAGAGCUCUCGCGCUUGAACAUUGGCUUCCUCCUCUUGAAGGGCGAGAGCGUGAAAGAAGUGCCCAAACUCCUCCGAUCCAUCAAGCAGAAAGGGCCUGUGCACGCCGUGGUGUGCGAUAUGUCACCGCUGCGCGUACCCCGAGCUUGGGUGGCAGGCGUGGGGAAGGAGCUGAAGAAGCUGAAGGUGCCCUUGAUCCAGGUGGAUGCCCACAAUGUCGUGCCUGUUUGGGAGGCGUCUGACAAGCAAGAGACGGGCGCACGAACAUUAAGACCAAAGCUCAAGAAACUUUACAAGGACUUCCUCCACGAGUUCCCUCCUCUCAAGAGGCAUCCGCAUGGACCGGUGGUGAAAGGGAAAGGCUUGGAUCUCUCUGCGGCUUUGCGGAGCUUGCAAGUGGAUCGAGAAGUGGGACCCGUGAGCCAGGAGCUCUUUAAGCCGGGUGCUUUGGCGGGAAAGAAGCGCCUUGAGGACUUCUUGAAGCAUCGUUUGAAGAGCUUCGCGUCGCUACGCAAUGAUCCCACCCAACAGGCGUUGUCUGGCCUGUCACCCUGGAUCAAGUUUGGUCAGAUCUCUGCACAGCGAUGCGCGCUGACGGUGAAGAAGGCCAAAGCUCCGAAGAGCUCCGUUGAAGCCUUCUUGGACGAGGCCAUCGUGCGACGAGAGCUCUCCGACAACUUCUGCUGGUACAACGAGCACUACGACUCCUUAAAGGGCGCGGCCGCCUGGGCUGUCGAGACACUGAACAAGCAUCGCAAGGACCAGCGCGAGUACCUCUACAGCCGUCGACAGCUUGAAGAGGCUAAGACGCAUGACGAGCUGUGGAAUGCGGCUCAACGGCAGAUGGUUCUGGAAGGCAAGAUGCACGGUUUCCUUCGGAUGUACUGGGCCAAGAAGGUCCUCGAGUGGAGCAAAGAUGGAGCAUCUGCCCUGGCCACGGCCAUCUAUUUGAAUGACCGCUAUAACUUGGACGGGCGCGAUCCCAAUGGCUACGUCGGUUGCAUGUGGUCCAUUUGUGGCGUGCAUGACAUGGGCUGGCCCGAGAGAAAGGUCUUUGGCAAAAUCCGCUACAUGAACUAUGCCGGGUGCAAGAGGAAAUUCAAUGUGGAGGGCCCAAGGCGCUCGGCGGGGGUUUUCGCAGAAGCUUGAAAGGUCUCCGAAAGCCACCCGGCAUGUCUAUACCUGGACCCGACUUCGGUCGUGGAAAAUGGGAGUCUGACCCGAACCACAAAAAGCAGGAGUAUUUGUACCAUCUUGUGC